AGAUGGCACGCACGACGUUUGCGCAUCAACUGUAUGACGUAGUACGUUUGUGUUGUGACUACUGUCUACUGUUUUACGGAAAUGAGAUGACAAGCUUAAUGUUACUCAUAGAUUUCAAAAGGAACAGAUGAAAACGAUUUAAUUGGAAAGGUUGCUGUUAAGCUGAUGAGGGCUUGCCUGGUUGGCCCUGUUUGUGACCCUCCGUUGCUAUGGCAACGCCCUACUUUCCCACAUUCCUGGUCCUUCUUUUUCUGUCCUCCUUUGCAAUCUUGCUUCUGAUCCUGCUGCCCCCUGUUGCCCCAUUGAUUCCCUUGUCUUCCUCCUCUCCUCCUUCACCCUGGCCGUCACUCUCCUGCGGCAACGGUCAGUCCUGGGCCGUCCGCCUCCACUCUGGCCCACACCAUGAGGAAGAAGAUAGUGAACUGAGCUCUGUGCACCUGGAUGUGAUAGCCAACAGGGUAGCAGAGCAGGCUGGGCUGAAGAACCAGGGCCAGAUUGGACAGCUUGAAGGCCACUACUUACUGUGUUCUGAUAAGCCUGGAUCUGUUGCUAGUAUUUGGAGCAAGAGUCUCCGGCCUGGUGACGUCCUGGCAGCCCACCCUCAUGUCCUGUGGUACUCCCAGGACAGAGUGCUGAGCCGUUCUAAGAGAUCGAUGGCCUUUAACGAUCCCAACUACCCUAAACAGUGGCAUCUGAACAAUUACCUAAAUAAAGGUAUGGACAUCAACGUAACGGGGGUGUGGGAGCGCAACAUCACUGGCCGAGGAGUCACAGUGGUGGUGGUCGAUGACGGGGUGGAACACACCCACCAGGACAUCCAGUCUAACUAUAGUCCAGAGGGCAGUUACGAUCUGAACUCCAAUGACCCAGACCCCAUGCCUCACCCAGACGUCCUCAGCGACAACCACCACGGGACACGAUGUGCUGGAGAGAUCGCAGCCGUUCCCAACAACAGCUUCUGUGCCGUGGGGGUGGCCUACGGCAGCAAGGUGGCAGGAAUCAGAGUCCUGGAUGGCCCGCUGACAGACAGCCUGGAGGCCAUAGCCUUCAACAAGCACUACCAGGUCAAUGACAUCUACAGCUGCAGUUGGGGUCCAGAUGAUGACGGACACACAGUGGAUGGACCUCAUCCCCUGGGCAAGGCGGCGCUGCAGCACGGGGUGAUUGCAGGCAGACAAGGCUUCGGCAGCAUCUUUGUGGUUGCCAGUGGCAAUGGAGGUCAAUACAACGACAACUGCAACUAUGACGGCUACGCCAACUCCAUCUACACCAUCACAAUCGGGGCGGUCGAUGAGAAAGGCAAGAUGCCCUUCUACGCUGAAGAGUGUGCAUCUAUGCUUGCUGUCACUUUCAGUAGCGGGGGAAGCAAACUGAGGAGCAUUGUGACGUCAGACUGGUCCCUGCAGCACGGGACCGGCUGUACAGAGGGCCACACUGGCACGUCUGCCGCGGCCCCCCUGGCGGCAGGAAUGGUAGCCCUCAUGCUGCAGGUCCGUCCCUGUCUCAGCUGGAGGGACGUACAGCACAUCGUCACCUUCACCGCCACCAAGUGUGACAACAGUGCUGACUGGAGGAUGAACGGAGCUGGUUUCAACCACAGCCACCAGCACGGUUUUGGUGUGCUCAAUGCAUGGAGACUGGUCAAUGCUGCCAAGGUAUGGGAGUCGGUGCCGUUUCUCGUGUCCUAUCAGAGCUCAAUAAUAAUAGAAGACGUUUCCAUCCCAGCUUAUCCGGACGAGAUGAUCCGCACCUGGAAAGUCUCUGCUGCUGACCUGAGACAGUCUGGAAUGGAGACACUGGAGCACGUGGCUGUUACCGUGACGAUAACCAACCCUUGCCGUGGCAACGUGGAGAUUGUGUUGGUCUGCCCCAGCGGUAUGGCAUCAGUCAUCGGGGCACGUCGCGCCAUCGACAGAGACCCUACAGGCUACAAUGACUGGACUUUCUCCACUGUUCGCUGCUGGGGAGAGAGAGCUGAAGGCCAGUACACCCUGAAGAUAUCUGACCACAAGGAGCCGUCACUUGAGCAGUGUGCCGCCGUGGGAGUGUUGAAGCGGUGGCAGUUGACUCUGUAUGGUUCCUCUAUGACCUUCAGUGAGGUCCAGGACCGACAGAGGCUGGUGGAGGAGGCUAUGAGUGGCAAGUAUCUGGAUAGCAGUUUCUCUCUGCCCUGCCCUCCAGGCCUGGACAUCCCUCCAGAGAUCGUCAGCCCCUUCACCUCCAACCACCUCAAGUUCCUGCUGUUGCUGGGCUGCUUUGCUCUUUUCUGGUCCCUCUACUACACACUGGAGGUCACACUGGCCCACCUGGACCUCAGGGGUCUCCUCUGCCUGCACAGGAGACGGGGGCAGGGUCACCGAGCCAGGGGAGGGCGCCGAGGGAGAGGAGGAGGAGGAGGAGGAGGAGUGGAGGAAGCGGCGGCUGGAGAGGAGGAGGAGGAGGAGGAGGAAGAUGGUCAGGAGGGGGAGGAGGGAGUGGUUUUGCAUGCGGUGUUGGCCUCCGAAGUGCCGCUUUUAAAUGGGGAGCGGCUGGCAACAUAACACUGAGCCAGAUAAUGGGUCUAAAACAUGUCACCGUCUAUGCUCUUGGGAUGUCUCAGGCGUUCACGCUACCCACCCACACACCCAGCCUCUAGUCAACCUUUUCUGUGGUGGUGAGGGGUCACAGUGUAGACUGCAGAUGGACUUGACUGAAGAGUGGAGUCUUUGUCCUUGUCUGUAUUCCCCAAACACGUGGCCUUUAGUGUGUGUGUGUGUGUGUGUGUGUGUGUGUGUGUGUGUGUGUGUGUGUGUGUGUGUGUGUGUGUGUGUGUGUGUGUGUGUGUGUGUGUGUGUGUGUGUGUGUGUGUGUGUGUGUGUGUGUGUGUGUGUGUGUGUGUGUGUUCAAAUGUGAGGCUCAAAGAGAAUACUGAUGAGUUUUUAAAAAUAAGAUUUAUUUUCUGAGGUGUUAUUUGAUGUAUUCUGGUCUGGGGUUAUUAUGUGUGGGUUAUCAACACACUGCUGAUAAAAACUUGAAGUGGGAUUUUCAAGUGUGGGAUUUGUAAAUGUAUUUUUUUAUGAGGUGUAAUAUAUACACAAUGUGUGCCUGCUGUACAGAUAUAUAUAUAUAUAUCAAGUGUGUUCAAUGCUUUAUACAAAUUGUUUUGUAAGAAUGUAUUAAAGAGUUCUAAUUUUUUAAUGAUAAUGAGUGUUUGGGGUGAUGUUGGAAACUGUGUUUUGCUGUGCAAGUCACAGGUCAUCUGAAUGAUAAUAAAAUACUUGAUGGAAUAUCUUCUUAGAUUAAUAUGGUUUUUGAAACACAGUGACACACACAAUCAAACACUUGAGAAAUGUAUCUAAGAUGGUAAAAAUGGCAAGA